CUGAUGCUACGACCAGGUCCUGCAAAAGUUGGCUCAGUGAUGAGUUAUUUUCUGUUUUCUUUCCCCUCAGAGAAACAUCAAUCUAAACCGCUCCAGAAGGUGGUGACCAGGACAUCACUUAUGGAGAAGCUUUUGGAAACACUGAAGGAUUUAAGUUAUGGGGAGCUCGAGCAAUUCAAACAUGUCCUACAGCACACUAGAAUGAAGAAAGGCCUCCCAAAAAUCUCAAGUCAGAGAAUGGAGAUGGCAGACAGAGAUGAAAUAGUGGAGCUGAUGGUGGAGAUCUAUGGCAAGCAGUCUGUAGAGGUGACCAGGGAGGUUUUAAUGGAGAUGAACAUGACUGAUAUGGCAGAGAGUUUGCCAGAAAUCAGCUCAGGAUCCAAAGGGCCUUCAGGAAGCUCGGAGCUUGAGGGUUGUGGAAGUGUUACGCAGGACUCCAGUGACUGGACUAAACUUGAUCCUGAAGUGAACUGUACAGAUGCUGAUGAGGCUCCAACUUACAGCCUACAGUCUGGAGCAGGAAACUUUGAAUGCAGUGUCUCUGGCUUGCGCUGGGUCUGUGAGGAAAAGGUCAGCUUUAAGUACCAGUUUUGCUCUUUGAGUGGACCUAUGGAAAGGAUAGAAAGCAUGAAGUACAUGCCUGCAGGUCCCCUGAUGGACAUCACAGUCAUUGCUGGGAAGUUAGAUGUAGUGUACCUGCCACACUGGAUCUGCAUAGAUGACAAUCCUACAAUAUUAGACAAGUUUGCAGUCCUACACAUAGAUGACUGUGGAGAUGUCGUGGAAAAAGUGUCUGAGGUCACAUCGUCCCAUGUCAAGCUGUCUGAACCAGUUUUCUCUCUGAAAAUGGUCCUGGUGAAAUUAGGCCUUUCAGUGGAAAUAAACUGUAAGGUGUUGAUAUACAAGACCGACACACCAUUCCUCACGCUCCAUGUUUAUCUGAUCCCACCUGAUCCUGCUCUGAAACAGGAAUUGGAGAAUAUUGAUGGAUACAAAAGAAUCCGAAAGCCACAUCCAGUGAGGCCCCUGAAAAUGCAUGACUGGUUUACCCUGACAGCAGAUUUGGAUGGUGCAAAAAUUUGCCCUGAAACAUUAAUGCUCAUAUAUGAAAGCACAGAACCAAAUUUCUUUGAAGUGUUCAUUAAAAAUCCAGACACAGACUUUGUGCUCGAGCUCCAACAAAAAAAUGAGCUUCAACCGUUGUGGACCCGUAAGAUUAAAAAAGAUGAAUACCAAAGCACUGGUCAUAAACAAGAGAAACACUCAGUGGACAAACACCAGGAAGCAGCGGACGGAAAGACGCUUUUCAAAAUGCUCAAAGAGUUGACAGACGAAGAGUUCAAAGAAUUCAAGUGGUACCUCCUACGCAUCUCGAAGAGCCAACGGCAGAACACUGACAGGGUAGACCUGGUUGAUAUGAUGCUGCAGACCUACACCCAAGAGUCUGUGGAGGUGGCCAAAGAUAUUUUAAAGGAAAUUGGCAGAAAUUAUCUGGUGCAGCUGUUGUCAGACACCAGCUCAGGGUCAGACGCUGCAGGAUCAUCAGCUUGAGCAUCUGGUGUGAACACCACAGAGGGAGAGAAACUCUGUGGAUGAACAUCUGUCUGCACUGAUCCAGAAAGUGAGCAGAGACACAUCUGUCUGACUCUACACAACAUCUAAUACAUGCUGGCUGUAAUUCAUCCUCACUUUGAACUGAUAAAUUAUGACACAAACCAAAAUUGGCAUCAUGAUAAACCUGUCGCAGAAGUGAGGCUGUAUUAAUCUCUGCAGCAACAGUGAUUUCUUCAGUAAUGUAAGGAUACUGUGAUCUCUAGAAUCGAGGAGCACAAGAGGAAACAUGAGUUUUUUAUUCUUUUUAGUCAAACUGAUUUUUCCAAAGUUUUUAACAGAAAAGUGUAAAAUGAUUGUAAAUAUUUUUAAGGAUGAAAAUCUUAAAAUCCCAUUUGUAUGUAUUUUUAUAUUUACUGUAUAUAUUUUCUCAAAUCAUUUUUAUGUCUUAAAGCACUUUGCAAUUGCAAUUUAGAAAUAGUGAUACUGUAACAAUAAAUAUGUAUUAAAAACAUAAAA